CCUCCCAUUUGUACUAGAUUCGACUGGUUAGCGCAAGAUGAGCAAGAGCCUGUCGGGAAAGGAGGUCGCAGCGCAUAGCACGGCGGAGAGUUGCUGGAUCAUCGUGCAUGGCAAGGUGUACGACGUUACAGAGUUCCUGCCAGAGCACCCAGGAGGAAGCAAGAUCAUUCUGAAGUACGCGGGCAAGGACGCUACUGCCGAGUACGACCCUAUUCACCCGCCAAAUGCCAUCCAUGACAACCUGCCGCCUGAGAAGCACCUAGGACCUGUCGACCCUGAUACCGUGCUCAAGGUUGAGGUCUUGGUCACGGAUGAGGAGAAGGGGCGGCAAGAACGGAUGCAGCAGCGGCCCCCGCUCACCGAGAUACUCAACCUGCACGACUUCGAGGCAAUUGCGCGGCAGGUGAUGACAGAGAAGGCGUGGGCGUAUUACAGCUCGGCCGCCGACGACGAAAUCACUACUCGUGAGAACCACGCUGCGUACCACAGGAUAUGGUUCCGACCGCGCAUUCUUCGUAGUGUAACGAACGUGGACUGGUCGACGAAGAUCCUUGGACAUGCUACCAAGAUGCCAAUAUACAUCACUGCGACAGCACUCGGAAAGCUCGGACACCCGGACGGCGAGCUCAACCUGACAAGAGCUGCGGCGAAACACAACGUCAUCCAAAUGAUUCCGACUCUGGCAUCGUGCUCGUUCGACGAGAUCGUCGACAACGCGGCGCCCGGUCAAGUGCAGUUUUUGCAGCUGUACGUCAACUCGGACAGGGAGAUUACGAAAAAGUUCGUGCAGCACGCGGAGAGGCGCGGGAUCAAGGGCUUGUUCAUCACUGUGGAUGCGCCCCAGCUUGGACGCCGUGAAAAGGAUAUGCGCAUGAAGUUCGAGGCGGAGGACCCAUCAGAGGUUACAGACAACAAGGUAUCAGACAAGGUUGAUCGGUCACAGGGUGCCGCGAGGGCUAUCAGUUCAUUCAUUGACACAAGUCUCGACUGGAAGGACAUUCCGUGGUUCCAGUCGAUUACCAAGAUGCCCAUCAUCCUGAAGGGCGUGCAAUGCUGGGAGGACGCAUUAUUGGCUUACGAUGCGGGCCUCGCGGGCGUUGUGCUCUCGAACCACGGUGGGCGGCAGCUCGAGUUCUCGCGAUCUGGCGUGGAGACGCUGGUCGAGGUCGUUCGGGAACUCAAGGCCCGCCGCGGGCUGACGUUCCCGAACGAGAAGUUCCAGCUGUUCGUCGACGGCGGUGUGCGCCGCGCAUCGGAUGUGCUCAAAGCUAUUGCGCUUGGUGCCACAGCGGUGGGCAUUGGCCGGCCGUUCUUGUAUGCGUUCUCUUCGUAUGGCCAAGACGGUGUCGAGCACGCUCUGCAGAUCCUUCACGACGAGUUCGAGAUGAACAUGCGGCUGCUGGGUGCUCGCACGAUCAAGGAGGUCGUCCCGGAGAUGGUCGACGCCGGGUCUAUUCACCAGCACAUUGUAUCCGUGCCCAGUGACAGCUUGUACUUUGGCAACUACGAGAGCAUGGUGUCAGCACGCCUGAAGUCCAAGAUAUAAUCGAAGUUGGUUACUGGAGCUGGCGUUAAUUUGGGUUACAA